CUUGAAUCCGCACUAGUGUGGAUUUGACAGUGCACUGUCACACUUCCCUCUGCGAAUGUCUCGUUCAAAUAGCAAUCGAUAACCGGGCUUAUUUUAUUACUAAAGCCACCCCCACUUAAUUCUACACAGGAGAUUUUUUUCCCCUCAGCGUGUGUAAGCCAAAUUCUCAAACCAAGAGACAGCACGUGCUUCUCACAAUACCGCGCUUUUAGUUUACAUUCUGCAUCCCCUUCAUGUGCACACCGUUGUUCUUGAUAAGCGCGCAUUGGUGAGCGCAAGACACUGACUGCAGGAACAGAACGUGCUCAAGACUCCGUUUGGAACUCACACACACGAUGAGCGCGCGCGGUGAGGAAGCCGCCGGCGAAGCUUCAGGAUCGCAGGAGCAAACCGAGCCCGAGCCUGCCCCUGCCGAGCCAAAGAAGAGGGGACCGGGUAGACCCAGGAAGCCGCAACAGGAACCCACAGGAGAGCCUGUCCCCAAACGACCGAGGGGACGCCCCAAAGGAAGCAAGAACAAGGGCCCAUCCAAAGCAGCGCAGAAGAAAGCUGAGACCACAGGGGAGAAAAGACCUAGAGGGAGACCCAGGAAAUGGCCACAGCAAGUGGUCCAGGAAAAGCCCGCUCAGGAAGAAGAAGAGGAGGAGGCGGAGCAAGAAGAGGACUAAGCAACCACAGGAUUUUACCUCUACCUCAUCCAGCUGUCAGCUCUCUCUAAGGGAAAAGACUGCCUUGACCACUCAUUAUUGCCUUCCCACUUUCGUUUGAUCAUUUUCGUUUGUUCAUUUUUCCUCAUUGGUUUAUUUGGGUUUGGUUUCGUUUUGUGAUCAACACACACAACACCUCAGAGCGUAACCCGAAAAAAAGACGCAAAUGCAAACAAACAUCUUGCAGAUGACAAUUGGAGCCGCCUUGCUGUUUCCACUUCCCACAAAACUGCUGUAAGCACAAAGGUGCAGGGGUUAAACACACAAUAUGUGCUGCAGUGGUUCUUUGCACCACACACACACACACACACACACACAAACACACACACACACACACUCUCUCUCUCUCUCUUGUUGACUGAUUUUCCAGGCUACAUUGGUGAAGAAGAAGGUGAAACUGUCUGGUUUUGUCAUUCAGCAUGUGGUGCUUCAUAUAUCUGGGCGGAGCUUUAAAAGGACACACCCAUUCACACAAGACCCCCCCCCCCAAGUACUGACCCACCAAAGACCAUUUUCCCUUCUCUGUCCACUUAAUUGACAGUGAGCUUUAAAAGUAUUUGCCUUAAAACUUCAAACAAAGCCUAUUAGUUACUAUAACUGAAACAUUUUGCAAGUGGAUACCUAAAAAUGAAUAUUCUGUCAUUAUUUACCCAGCCAAAACCCCUUUGUUUCUACUGUAGAACACAAAAGAAGACAUACUGAAGAAUGUCUAAGCUGGUCUUUUCUGUAAAAUGAAGUGAAUGGUGACCACGGUUGUUGAGAAAGUAAGUCAGUUUAAAUCUCAAUUUAUUUCACACCCAAAGCUGCCAUAUGGUUUGAAAUAGUGUACCUUUUAAAGUGCUUUUUGGAGCCCUUGGUCACCAUUCACUUUCAUAAUGUGGAAACGAGCAACUUGAACAUUCUUCAAAACAUCAGUUUUUUGUGUUUUAAAGAAGUAAGUUAGUUUGGAACAUGUUAAUAAUGUCAGAAUGUUUAUUUUCGGUUAAAUUAUCCCUUUACUGUCGUACCCAUGUCCCUUGUGUCCUUGGUGGUGAUUUUUUACCCAAACUGAUAACCGUGAACAUUAAAUGUCUCGCUGGGACACUGUUUUCAGCAUUACUGCAGAAUGGUCAUUCUACUGUACAUAUCUUCGCGACUUCAGCUUUGCUUAAUUAACAUACAUGUACAUAAUUGUGUUUUUAUUUUCUUGUAUGACAUAGCUUUAAGAACAUAAUUUUUUUGACAAAUUCAAUGAAAGGGAAAUCUAUCAACUCAGUCAAGACCUAAACCUCAAGAAAAACCCAAACCACAGGAACAAAACCACACUAUACCUCAGUACACACUGAAAUACCUGAAUCGCAGUAACAGCGUCAAAUGGUAUUUGGCGAAUCCUAACGUAUGCCAGCGCUGUCACCAAUGCAAUGUCUUCUCACAGUUUCAAAGCUACCUCUGAUUUCUUCAACCAGCAAACCAGCUCAAAAAGACACGCGCUGCUAUAGAGUUCUCAUUACAAAGCAGGAGAUGGCAGCGAGUGCCAACAUUGAAAACAAACCUUGUCGUAAGGGAAGGCGAACACUCUGCAAAAGGUUUUUUUUUUUUUUUUGUGAGAGAGUCGGGCAGGUAAUUUAAUUCUGAGGUCUGUUGGUAGUCAUAUAUAGAACUAAUCAUGCAGCUAAGGGAAAAAAAAAGUACUGUGUUUGUUCUAGUUCAUUUUCUUUUUUUCACAUUAGCAUAUAUCUGACAUUUGUAACUAGACACUCUGUCUCUGCAGCUGGGAUGUCUGUUUUGCAUUUUUAACUUGAAUAUAUAUUUUGUACUGAUUACUCAAUGGUUUCUAAGGAUCAAGUGCUUGUAUGACACUAAAUGAUAUUGUUGCGAAUGAAUUUUUCUUUUCCUUCUCUGUUUUUCUUCCUCUCCACUGUUGCUCUGAAUUUAUAGUUGUAGUUAAUAUGUGCUAUUUAGAUAUGUACCUUAAAAAAAAAACAAGAAAAACA